AUGCGCAGACGCGCUUUACCCGGGAGGCUCCGGGGCGCCGGAGAUUCAAACUUCAUGGCGGCCGCUUGGUCCCAGGGUUAUCGCGGAGGAUGCGCCUCUGACCGCCAGGGCAAGCGGAGCGACUCCUCGCUGCUGGGGAAGCGGCUCUCGGAAGACUCGAGCCGCCAUCAACUGCUGCAUAAGUGGGCGAGCAUGUGGAGCUCCUCGAGCCGCGACGCGACGGAGGAGGGCGCUGAGCCGCCCGAGGACGCGGAGGCCGCCGACUACCCGCUGGUGUUCCUGUGCACGCGCUGCCGCCGGCCGCUAGGCGACUCGCUGAGCUGGGUGACCUGCCAGGAGGACACCAACUGCAUCCUGUUGCGCUGUGUUUCCUCGAAUGUUUACGUGGAUAAGGAACAGAAACUAUCCAAACGAAAAGAUGAAAAUGGUUGCGUUCUUGAGACUUUGCACUGUGCAGGCUGUUCCCUCAGCCUCGGCUGCGUGUACAGGUGCACUCCCAAGAACCUAGAUUACAAGAGGGACUUGUUCUGUCUCAGCGUUGAAGCCAUUGAAAGUUAUACUUUAGGGUCCUCUGAAAAGCAGAUUGUAUCAGAAGAUAAGGAGCUUUUUAAUCUUGAAAGCAGAGUUGAAAUAGAAAAGUCUCUAAAACAGAUGGAAGACGUCUUGGCAGCAUUGCAGACAAAGCUGUGGGAAGUUGAAUCGAAAUUGUCCUUUGCCAACUGCAAUGCCUGAGCUCCAUCUCAUGCUUCACCCUGCCCUGGUCCUUAUCUCCAGAACUGUAGAAAUCUGUCUAUAGCUAUGUGUUAUGGUAAAGAGAUAUCUGCUCCCCAUAUUGAAUUUUAAAGCCAUUUUAUAAUACAUGCCAAAAUUGAAAAAUUGAAGGUUUUAUUUUUAUAAAAACUGGGUUUUUCUGAACUAUUCCAUUUUUAUGUAUGUUUUCUAUUUUUUUAAAAACUGUGUCACUUAAAAAAUUCAAGGAAAUCUUAGUUUUUCUCACCUACUUUGUGGUUUGUUCUCUGAAAACUAGUGUUUAAACCUCCCUGGAAAAGCUGGUCAGCUGAAUUAUUUAUUAGAACAAUUUGAAAACUUGCACAGGAGUAGAAAAUGUGUAGUAAGAUCCCACUGUGCUGUUCAUCCUCCUUUAUCCUUAAAUCCUGAAGAAUACUUACCAAAGAGAGUAACAGUCAUCUCUAAGGGUAAGGUUCUAGCAGAAUUUAUUGGAUUUUGAUUUUCUAUAAUGUAGAUCUUUUAUAGUGAACAUGUAUGAUUUUUACAGUUAGGAGAGAAUAAAGAUUUUUAAAGUA